GCUCCACCAGGCGACAGGCAGGUCGCCGUCCCGCUCCCGCCGUCUGGCUCUGCCUCCACGGAAGGCCGUCAUCGCCCGAUCGAGGAAGAGAGGGAAGGAGAGAGACAUGGUCGCCGUCGCCGAGACGACGAAGCAUCCAUCCGUCGCCCUUAGACAUACCACCUUUGUCGUUCACCAAACAUCCAUCUUUGACCACCAUUACUAUAUGCUCCUGACGACUGCUCCCGCUGACCCAACGGCUUGCUUCUUCCCCUGGUGCUCUAUCCUCAGCUAGCUGCUCACCCAUUCUUGCAUCACGGUGCACCAGAUCAUCGGCACGACCUGCUCCUCCCCGAUCGCCGGCACGGCCCCCUCGCCGCCGCCGUAAACAAGCGUGCGCGUGCGCGUGCACAGCGACCCCCACCUUCCCCGACAGAGCAAGGGAGAAAGAGAAACCCACCAAGUCAGAGGCACGGCCGGGUCGCCGUCGUACUAACCCCCGCCCGGGUCAAACCCCGCCCCGCGCGGACGCGUCUCAGUCUCUCGCUCCCAUCCCCUCCCCUCCCCUUCGCCCGCGCUGCUCUGCUCGGCCCGGCUCGCGUAGCCCGCCGCCGAUGGGCACGCCGCAGCGCCCGCGGCAGCUGGCGCGCACCAACGCCAUGCGGAACUCCUCCUACUCCGCGGACGCCGGCGCCGACGGGGACGACGACCUCGCGGCCUACGGCGGCAUCCAGCUCAGCGUCGACCGGGCGGCCCGCGGCGGCGGGCCCGGGUACGGGUCGCAGACCAGCUUCCGCAUCCGCGGCGGCCGCGGGGGCGCCGAGGAGGUCGCCGAGCUCUUCCGCCAGCUCGGCCUCUCAGGCCCGGAGGACUUCGCUAUCCCGCCGGCCGUCUACGCCGCCGCCAUGUCCCACCUCCCCAACGCCGCCCAACGCCGCCGCGCCUCGCUCGAGGAAUCCUCCCUUGCGGCGUCGCCGUCGGGGACUCCCGAAAUUUCGGGGCGCGACGUCGUCGUCGCCACUAGGUUGCAGCCAGCCGGCGACGGGGAGGGAGCCGGGCUAGCCACCGAAUUGGUCCAAUCGGAGACCAUACAAGUUUCAGCAAAAGCAUAUCAGCGACCAUGGGCUGAAUCGAAAGCCAUAUUGGUCGAAUCGGAGAGAGUGGAGACCUCUGGCUCUACUACACGAGAGGCCAUUGCUUCGUCUAAGCCGGAUAAUGCAGGCGAAGAGAAGGGGGGUGGCAAAUUGGCCAAAGUGGAAACACUACGAGAGGGGAGGACAAGAGAGGUGCUUGUGGAGGCGACAAGGGGUGCCACUGGUGGUGGUAUCCUGGCUCUCGUUGUUGCAGAGUCCACCUCAUGUGACAUUGAGCAUUUGAUAUGGCCGUCGCCGAAUAGGCGGUUUAGGAGGACCAUCACGUCCUGGAUCAAGGGAGAGCAUAUCGGGAGCGGAUCCUUCGGGUCAGUCUACGAGGCGAUCAGCGAUGAUGGGUUUUUCUUUGCUGUCAAGGAGGUGUCAUUACUUGACCAAGGAAUCAAUGCAAAACAGCGCAUCGUCCAGCUUGAGCAUGAGGUAUCCCUCUUGAGUCGUUUGGAGCAUGACAAUAUUGUUCAGUAUUAUGGAACAGACAAGGAAGAUGGCAAAUUGUAUAUUUUUCUUGAACUUGUGACCCAAGGCUCUUUGGCAGCUUUAUAUCAAAAAUAUUGUUUACAAGAUUCACAAGUAUCAGCAUAUACAAGGCAGAUUUUGAAUGGUUUGAACUAUCUACACCAGAGAAAUGUGCUACACAGGGACAUCAAAUGUGCAAAUAUCCUAGUUGAUGCGAAUGGUUUGGUCAAAUUGGCAGAUUUUGGGCUUGCAAAGGAGAUGUCAAUUUUGAGCCAAGCAAGAUCUAGCAAGGGAACUAUCUUCUGGAUGGCCCCUGAGGUUGCUAAGGCUAAGCCACAUGGACCUCCAGCAGAUAUAUGGAGCCUUGGCUGCACAGUUUUGGAGAUGCUGACCGGCAAAGUUCCAUACCCUGAUAUGGAAUGGACACAAGCUUUGCUCAAAAUUGGUAGGGGAAUACCACCAAAAAUUCCCAGUACAUUAUCAGAAGAUGCAAGAGAUUUCAUAACGAGGUGUGUCCAAUCAAAUCAAAAUGACCGGCCAUCUGCUGCUCAGUUGUUGGAGCACCCUUUUGUGCAGAGACCACUACAACAUUAAGGCUUGUGGUGUGCACAUUGCUAACAAAUUUGCUUGUACAUAAGCUGGUUUUAAUUUCGCCUGUGGAAAGGUGUGGGUGAUACCGAAGAAUGAAGAUGAUCCCACAGCCCAGAAGUGUUCCUUGUUCAUGCUGCCGCUUUAAAUGUUUCCCAAAGAUUUCAACAUUGAGAUAGCUUCCAACACGAGGAGCGCCUAUCAGCAUUCAGUUUAAAGGUUGUGUUUCUCAUGGAGCGCCUACAUGCUACCGCUGUAGUAUGAAUGAGGAUAUGUUUACUUAAGAGGUACAAUACCUUGUUGGCUGACAUGAUUUGUUUCUCAUGGAUCUCGUAGCCUAGUCUCAAAGCGUGGAAUGAAAGAUGUGGAGUGUGGAGUGCUAAGUGCUCACACAACUGUUCUGACCAUGUUUACAUACUUGUACAGUUCACCUUCUGUUGUCAAUGCAAAUUGCUCGUAUUUUCCA